CACACUCCCUCCAGCUCCCCCACCACCCCUCCCUCUCGCCAGCCCCCGCACCCACCUCCUCCUGCAGCGAGGUCGCCUCCGUUGCCCCGGGGAGGUGGGACGCUUGGCGAUGGACCUGCUCCUGCAGACCUGCCUGGCGCUGGCUGCCAACGGCUCCCACUGGUGCCAGGGUCCCGGGACCUCCGACAACUCCAGCCUGGACGACUCCUCCGCCCCGUGCCCCGAGGGGUCCUUACCCCGGUGCAACCGCACGGAGAAGAGCCUCCUGGGCAAUACCCCCUCCUCAGUCAUCAGUUCCAUAAUCAUCACGGCCCUGUACUCCAUCGUGUGUGUGCUGGGCUUGGUCGGCAAUGUCCUCGUUAUGUUUGUCAUCAUCAGAUACACCAAAAUGAAAACCGCUACCAACAUCUAUAUCUUCAACCUGGCCCUGGCAGACGCAUUGGCCACCAGCACCCUGCCCUUCCAGAACAUCAACUACCUGAUGGGGUCCUGGCCCUUCGGCAGGCUGCUGUGUAAGCUCGUCAUGUCCAUCGACUACUACAACAUGUUCACCAGCAUCUUCACCCUGACCACCAUGAGCAUGGAUCGUUACAUCGCCGUCUGCCACCCCGUCAAAGCCCUGGACUUCCGCACCCCGCACAACGCCAAGAUCAUCAAUGUCUGCAUCUGGAUCCUGUCAUCCGCCAUUGGCCUGCCCGUGAUGAUAAUGGCCAACACGAUGGUCAGCAGAGGGGAGCUGGAGUGCACGCUGAAAUUCCCACAUCCCUACUGGUACUGGGACAACCUCCUGAAGAUCUGCGUCUUCAUCUUCGCCUUCGUCAUGCCCAUCCUGAUCAUCACGGUGUGCUACGGAUUGAUGAUCCUCCGGCUGAAGAGCGUCCGGAUCCUGUCAGGCUCCAAGGGGAAGGACAGGAACCUGCGGCGGAUCACCAGGAUGGUGCUGGUUGUGGUGGUGGUCUUCAUUGUCUGCUGGACGCCCAUCCACAUCUACGUCAUCCUGAGGGCUCUGGUGAAGAUCCCAUCCACCGUCCUGGACAUGGUGGCCUGGCACUUCUGCAUUGCCCUGGGCUACACCAACAGCUGCCUCAACCCCGUGCUCUACGCCUACCUGGACGAGAACUUCAAGCGGUGUUUCCGGGAGUUCUGCCUGCCCUCGUCCUCCUCGUUGCCCUACCAGGGUUCCAAGCGGGCGAGGAGCCAGGCUCAGGAGCACCCCUCCACCGUCCACACAGCCGACAGGACUAACCAGCAGGUAUGACUAGGAGUGCGGUCAGCCCUGGAGCCCCACCCUGGAGACGACCUCAGCUCCGAGCUCACCCAGGUCACCACCGGGCUGUGACCGCCUAAGCAGGCUAGCGGUGAUCACUGCCGGCGGGGGGGGGGGUGACCCACUCCAGAACUAGCUGGUCACCAGUUAACUCGCCUGCAAUGGUCGCCUUCUCCGCACGUUACCCUUUGUAUCUCAACACGCUUGUGAGAGUGGGCAGGACACGCUCGUCGAGUCACUGAGUCAGACAGCAUGGAAACAGGCCCUUCGGCCCAACUGGUCCAUGCCAACUAAACCAGUCCCAUUUGCCCGCAUCUGGCCUAUAUCCCUCUAAACCUUCCCUGUCUGUGUACCUGUCCACGUACCCGUUAAGUGUUGUUAUUGUACCUACCUGCCUCAACCACUUCGUCUGGCAGCUCGUUCCAUGUACCCACCACCCUCUGUGUGAAAAUGUUGCCCCUUCCCAACCUCUUCCCCCCCCACCCCACCCCCAGAAUAGGGAGGGAAGUGAAGGGUCACACAGGGCUGUGGCUCCCCAACCCCCUCUAUACCUCACCUGAGUGCCUGCCCCCUCGUACGACUGUAAAUACAAGUAGACUGUUCAACCAUGUGCGCCAUCACCAACCUGCCCCUCAUUGCUCAGGCUGUUGGUUUCCCCAAGGGACGGGGGCAACGCCUGGAUACUUGGCAGCAGCAAGAAGCCCUUGCUGAUGCCCCUGCCUUCAAACCUCACUGGGCAAAGGGAGCCAAGGAGACCACAGACCCCGAAGGAUCUCUGCAUUGAGCUGAAGACCACUUAUCUCGCUCUCCUUAUCAGAUGGAGCCCAGUCGGUGGUGGAAAGGGCUCACUGCUGCUUGCUUUCUGACAAGCAAGGGCUUUUUCUCCUGUAGCAGGAUUAAGGGAGUCUUCAUACCGGGGAGGCUCCAGGGAUUGGAUGGGAAAUUAGGCCGAACUGACCAGACUUAUCAAUGAGAAAGCUGAGGGAAAAACAGAACUGCAUGUAAAUCCUCAAAUCGUUGAGGAACAUCGGAGUGAGAAGCUUUCUGCAGGAAUAUCUAACGCUGGAUGGGAAACUCAAAAUGUUACCUCAGCGCUCCUGAUGGAAUUGGUAAUUGCUUUAUUAUUGUCAUGUGUGUCAAGAUACAGUGAAAAGCUUUCGUUCUGUGUGCCAUUCAGACCGGUCAUUCCAUACGUAAGUACAUCGAGAUGCCGCAAAAGGAAAUCAGAAUGCGGAAUAUAGUGUUACAGAGAAAUUGCAGUGCAGGCAGACAAUAAGGUGCAAGGGCCACGAUGUGGUAGAUUGAGAGAUCAAUAGUUCACCUUUAUUGUUCAAGAGUCUGGUAACAGCGGGAUAGAAGCUGUUCUUGUGCCUGGUGGUACGUAUUCUAAGCUUUUAUUUCUUCUGCCCGGUGGGAGGGGGAGAAGAGAGAAUAUCCGGGGUGGGAGGGGUACUUGAUUAUGUUGGCUGCUUUCCCGAGGCAGUGGGUAGUGUAGAUGGAGUCAAUGGAGGGGAGGCUGGUUUCUGUUAUGUGCUGGGCUGUGUCCACAACUCUCUGCAAGUUCUUGCGGUCUUGGGCAGAGCAGUUGCCGUACCAAGCCGUGAUGCAUCCGGAUAGGAUGCUUUCUGUGGUGCCUCUGUAAAAAUUGGUGAGGGUUAUUGGGGACAUGCUGAAUUUCCUUAGCCUUCUGAGGAAAUAGAGGCGCUGGUGAGCUUUCUUGGCUGUAGCCUCUACGUGGUUGGACCAGGACAGGCUGUUGGUGAUAUUUACACCUAGGAACUUGAAGCUCUCAACCAUCUCCACUUCAGCACCAUUGAUACAGACAAAUGUGGUGAUGCAAUGGGGUUUGAUCCCUAGUGUGUGGGGAGACUGUCUACUGGUGGUGGAGGAUAGCAGUGUCACGAUGGGAAUAAGGUUUGGUUGGGACUUGGGGGGGGAGGGGGUGAGGGAUGACGAAGGCAGUUCCUGAUGAAUGUGUCAUGGUGAGACGGGAUUUGAUUGGUGCUUCUCCACCAUGACCCAGUCUACACUGGCGAGUGGAUAUCCCAACACUGGGUAACAGGAUGGCCCAUGGACUGUAGUCCCCCGGUGGAGACGGGUGUGGUGUGGACAUGAGAGGCAGUCUGGGAGCAGCCUCCAACAACAAUGUAGUUAUGCUGUGUUUUUAACACAGCAAAAUGUCCCAACAGACAUGUAUUUGGUUGGUAGGUUUAACUGGCUGCUGUAACCUGCCCCUUGUGUGUAGGUGAGGGGUAGAAUCUGAGAGGAGUUGAUGGGAAUGUGGGGAGAAUGGGUUUCAGGGAAAAUAAGUGGGGGGGUGGUUUGCUCAGUCAGCUAGAAUAGACUCAAUGGGCCAAAUGGCCUCCCAUGUCAAUAUGAAAUAUGAAAAGCAUUAUCAAAAAUGAUCUGACUGCCUGCCGCAUGGGGUGGUAGUGGGUGAGGUGACCAAGGGCGGGGUGUAAGGAGUGGUGGGAGGGGCGGAUGUUUGGGAAGGGCUCAGGGUCCGGGGAGCUGUCGGGAUGGCCAGCCGGUGAGCAGUGAUUGAAGUCAGGACGGUGUGCCUAUGAAAGGAUUUAAAACCAAGGAUGAGAAUCGUAAAGCCUUGUCUAACUGAGAGGCAAUGAGGGUUAGCAGUGCGGGGACUCCCUGUGGGAUCGAGGACAGGCUGCAGAGUUCUACAUGAAGGGGAAGCAUCCAGGAGAAUACUCAAACAAUAAAACCAUUGGCUAGCCCCGGUAACAGACAAUCCAGCUCUCACUCCCUGACACUCAGUGGCAUUCCCAUCACUGAAUCCCCCACUGUCAGUAUCCUAGGGUUACCACUGACCAGAAACUGACCUGGAGCAGCUGUACACACAGUGUGGCUACAAGAGCAGGUCAGAGGCUGGGAAUCCCACAGUGAGUACCUCACUUUCUGAAUCCCCAAAGCCCGUCCACCAUCUACAAGGCUGGAGCCAGGAGUGUGAGGGAACACUCUCCACCUGCCCGGGUGAGGGCAGCUUCAACAACGCUCAAGCAGCUCGACACCAUCCAGGACACAGCAGCCCACCUGACAGGCACCCCGUCCACACCCACUCCACCACCGACGCACAGUAGCAGCAGUUUGUAUCAUCUACAGGAUGUACUGCAGCGACUCACCGAGACUCCUCAGACAGCACCUUCCAAGCCCACCACCUCUACCAGCUAGAAGGACAAGGGCUGCAAAAGCCCGGGGACCACCACCCCCUGGGAGUUGCCCUCCGAGCCACACACCGUCCCGACUUGGAAAUAUAUCGCCGUUCCUUCACCGUCGCUGGGUCAGAACCCUGGAACUCCCUCCCCAACAGCACUGUGGGUGCACCCACACCUCACGGACACCAGCGGUUGAAGAAGGCAGCUCACCACCACCUUCUCAAGGGCAACAGGGGACGGACAAUUAAACGCUGGCUCCGCCUGCGAAGCCCACACCCCUUGAGAAAAGUCAACACCUUCUGGAGAAGAAUGCAAGUUAGGAAGCGGAGUUGCAGGGAGUUGAACUGACACGGCCCUCAGUAAAGCUCUUAAUCCAUCCUGGCAGGACGGAGUCUGACACACUACACCUGUGCACGGGUUAAAUCAGUAGCAGAUACUUUCUGGAGACAGAAGGGACUGCAGAUGCUGGAAUCUGGAGUAACACAAAGCUGGAAGAACUCAGCGGGUCGGGCAGCAUCUGUGGAGGCAAAGGGACAGUCUGGACCAGGUGAAGGGUCUCGACCCGAAACGUCGACUGUCCCUUUGCCUCCACAGAUGCUGCCCGACCCGCUGAGCAUUUUUUUUUUGAGCGGAUACUUUGUGCUUUCCUUGACUUUAUCUCAGCCUUGUACAAUAAGUAGGAAAGGCUCACAAACAACACACGAGGGAGUAUCGCACAAACAUCAGGCAAGUUUCAAUGUGGCUCUUUGCAGGUGUGCUAAAGAGUGCAAUUCUGUUUUGUCUGCAUGGAUUUCUCUCUCCGGCAGUGAUCUGAUCACGUGUGGGACAAUAAUGGGAUCCGAAUGUUUCAUCACUUCAUUGACUUGGUUUCUGGUUUCAAAUGCUGGUGUUCAUUUCGCCCCUGUCGCUAACGAUUCCCAGUGCAGCUUACACCCAGAAUGCCUCCUCAUGUCAAGCCCACCCUUUGCCUCCUCACUGUCAACCUCUCACUCCAGGUUUGAUGCUCCCACCGCUGGUGUACUCCCCCCUUUCCACUCUCAGCGGUCAGCAGCCUUGUGUUGCAUUGAAAUUUGACAGACACUUGUAUUGAAAUUCACUCUUAACACAGACGAGAGAUCAGAAUCAGGUUUAUUAUCACUGACUUAUAGGACAUGAAAUUUGUUGUUUUGUGGUAGCAGUACAGUGCAAGACAUAAAAUUACUAUAAAUUACAAAAUAAAUAAGAUAUCUUCAUUAGUCACAUGUACAUCGAAACACACAGUGAAAUGCAUCUUUUGCGUAGAGUGUUCUGGGGGCAGCCCGCAAGUGUCACCACGCUUCCGGCGCCAACAUAGCACGCCCACAACUUCCUAACCCGUACGUCUUUGGAAUGUGGGAGGAAACUGGAGCACCCGGAGGAAACCCACUCAGACACGGGGAAAAUGUACAAACUCCUUACAGACAGCGGCGGGAAUUGAACCCGGGUCGCUGGCUCUGUAGUAGCGCUACGCUACCGAGGUAGUGUUCAUGGGUUCAUGGACCGUUCAGAAAUCUGAUGGCAGAGGGGAAGAAGCUGUUCCUGAAUCGUUGAGUGUGGGUCUUCAGGCUCCUGUACCUCCUCCCCGAUGGUAGUAACGAGAAGAGGGCAUGUCCUGGGUGGUGAGGGUCCUUAGUGAUGGAUGCUGCCUUCUUGAUGCACCGCCUCUUGAAGAUGUCCUCGAUGGUGGGGAGGGUUGUGCCCGUGAUGGAGCUGGCUGAGUCUACAACCCUCUGCAGCCUCUUUCGAUCCUGCGCGUUGGAGCCUCCAUACCAGGCGGUGAUGCAACCAGUCAGAAUGCUCUCCACCGUACAUCUGUAGAAAUUUGCAAGGGGGGAAGGAGUUCAGGCACUAAUCCUCAUCAGGGACUAUAGAUCACUAGAGUAAGGACCAGGCCCUUCAGUCCACCAUGUCUGUACUGUACAUGAUCCCUAUCCCUCUAUUCCCUGUUUAUGUGUCUGUCUAAUUGCCUCUUACACACCACCAUCAUAUCUGCCUCCACCACCACCCCGGCAGCCCGUUCCAGGCACCCACCACUCUCUGUGUAAAAAACUUGCCUCACACAUCUCCUUUAAACUCACACCCCCCUCCCCCACCUUAAACCUUUGCCCUCUUAAUAUUUCACAUUUCCAUCCUGGGGACAAGAUUCUGACUCUCUCGCAUAAUUUUAUAAACUUCUGUCAGGUCUCCCCCGUGCUCUAGAGAAAACACCCCAAGUUUGUCCAACCUCUCCUCAUAGCUCAUACUCUCUAAUCCAGGCAGCAUCCUGGUGAACCUCUUCUGCACCCUCUCCAAAGCCUCCACACCCUUCCUGUAAUGAGGCGACCAGAACUGCACGGAAUACUCUAAAUGCAGCCUAACCAAAGUUGUAUACAGCUGCAACACAACUCCCUGACUUUUAUACUCAACACCCUGACCAAUGAAGGCAAGCAUGCCGUACGCCUUCUUCACCACUGGUGUUGCCUCAGGGAGCUAUGGACUUGCACCCCAACAUCCCUCUGUACAUCAGUGCUCCUGAGGGUCCUGCCAUUUACUGUAUACUUUACAUUUCACUCCCAAAGUGCAACACCUCACGCUUGUCAGGAGUAAACACCAUCUGCCACUUCUCUACCCACCUGGUGUAUAUCUUGCUGAAUCCUUUGACAACCUUCCUCACUGUCCACAACUCCACCGAUCUCUGUUCGGGACGGGCAACUAAAUGCUGGCUCAGCCUGUGAAUCCCGUGACCCUUGAAUGAAUAAAGUAUAAACUGCACUAACCCACGAUGGGAAACGAAAAUCAAAAACAACUGCAGAUGCCAGAAAUCCGAAACAAAAACCAAAACUGCUGGAAACACUCGGCGAGUCAGGCAGCAUCUGUGGAGAGAGAAACGGUCAAUGUUUUGGGGUCUAACAAAGGGUCACAGACCCAAAAACAUUGACUGUUCCUCUCUCCACAGACGCUGCCUGACCUGCUGAGUUUUUUUUUGUUCCAUGACUGGAUAUCCUACCUCCAAUCUCUCUCCCGACCAUAUUCCUCAGGGAUGGACAUUGGUGUCUGUGGUCCAUACAGCUUCUGGUUUUUACAAUGUUUAACUUUCACAUCUGCAAGUGGAAUCCAGCUUCCCUGGAUUUUCAAUCCUUUUUCGAGAAUGAACACUGAGAAUUUGCUUUCCUGCCCUUGUGUGACAUCCUAAUAAUCCUUUCCAAGUCCCAUAAAAGUCAAGAUCUUCAGUUGUGUGGUUCAGAGAUAAUUUCAAUUGUUAAUAUUGGUUUACUAUUGUCACAUGUACCGAGGUACAGUGAAAAGCUUUGUUUUGCAUGCCAUCCAUACAGAUCAUUUCAUCACAUCAGUGCAUUGACGUAAUACAAGGGAAAACAAUAACAGAAUGCAGAAUAAAGUGUUACAGUUACAGAGAAAGUGCAGUGCAGGCAGACAAUAAGGUGCAAGGUCAAAACGAGGUAGAUUGUGAGGUCAAGAGUCCAUGGUAGCAUAGCGGUUGGCGUAAUGCUAUUACAGCGCCAGCGACCCGGGUUCAAUUCCGGCCACU